AUGAGCGGGAGGAUUGUCUCCCAACGCCUCGCUCCGCAACUGCGGAGAGGUCUGUUGCUGACUCGCCAUGCCAACUUUGUCGGCAGCCGGACCGGCGGUCUUUUACGUGUCGAUAAUGUCGCAGUUAGAGGCCGGGCAUGGCCUGUCGGUGCCAGCUCUAUUCACAACAAUGUUCCGGCCGUACGGAAUAUAUCGUUUGCACGGAUACUACCACGAUUAGCCCUGAAGUUGGCGCGUAUUCCGGCAAUGUUUGGAGGAGCGAUGAUUGCGGGGGUGGCUUAUUUGCAGUAUCAGGCAACUCAGGCCGGCAACUACGCGAUUGAUCUGUUCAACCAAGGCUGGGAAACUGCUGGCGGAGCGGCGUCGAAUUUGUUCCAAGGAUUCCAGGAUGUCGCAUCGCAGACGGGUCGCGGUUGGCAGCGAGUCAAGGACGAAACCGAGCUUCCCGAAUGGAUGCAAAAGAUAUUUCGUCUAGAAGAGUCGACUGGCGGGGAUGGAGGAAGCGGCGGAAACAAACCUCCGAAUGACACCCAGGUCGCCGCUGCGGCUGCCGGUGCAGCAGCUGGAAGCGCCUACGCCUAUGAGAAUACAGACGACGGCGACUAUCAAACACGAAGAGAAGCGGAUAAUGAUCAGAUGAUGGUUUUGACACGGAAGAUGAUUGAGAUUAGGAAUAUUCUGACCCAGGUCGGACAAUCAAAUACACUGACGUUGCCAUCAAUUGUUGUUAUCGGAUCGCAAUCUUCAGGCAAGAGCUCUGUCUUGGAGGCCAUUGUUGGACACGAGUUUCUUCCGAAAGGCUCGAAUAUGGUGACUCGCCGCCCGAUUGAGCUUACACUGGUCAACACUCCGAACGCGCAGGCAGAAUAUGGCGAGUUCCCUGCAUUAGGACUAGGAAAGAUUACAGAUUUUUCACAGAUCCAACGCACCUUAACCGAUUUGAAUUUGGCUGUAAGCGAUAAGGACUGCGUUUCCGACGAUCCGAUCCAAUUACAUAUAUAUUCACCACACGUUCCCGAUCUCUCAAUGAUCGAUCUACCAGGUUACAUUCAAGUCGCCGGUAGCGAUCAACCUCCGGAAUUGAAACAGAAAAUAUCCGAUCUUUGCGACAAGUACAUCCAAGCACCCAAUAUCAUUCUCGCCAUUUCAGCAGCCGAUGUCGAUCUGGCGAACUCUACCGCUCUCCGUGCAAGCCGACGUGUUGAUCCGCGGGGCGAACGCACAAUUGGUGUGAUAACAAAGAUGGAUCUGGUAGAUGCAGAACGUGGCGCCAGUAUACUUACCGACAAGAAAUAUCCGUUGCGACUAGGAUACGUUGGUGUUGUGUCCCGCGCACCACAAACCUCCACACUCUUUUCUCGCGGCAGCGGCAAUAUCACAAACGCGAUUGUGAAGAAUGAAAAGGCAUACUUUUCAGCACACCCAAGCUAUUUCGGACCGGACUCGGAGACGUCUGUUGGCGUUCCGACACUUCGAGAGAAGUUAAUGAAUGUUCUUGAGCAGACCAUGGCACGAAGUCUCGCAGGCACGAGAGAUGCCAUCAGCCAGGAAUUGGAAGAGGCUACGUAUGAGUUCAAGGUGCAGUAUAACGACCGGCCUCUUAGUGCGGAGUCGUAUCUGGCAGAGAGCUUGGAUAGUUUCAAGCAUUCCUUCAAGGCUUUUGCGGAGAGCUUUGGGCGUCCUCAAGUGCGAGAAUUACUUAAACAUGAGCUCGACCAGAGAGUAAUGGAUAUUCUCGCUCAACGGUAUUGGAAUAAACCAGUCGAGGAUCUUGCAGCUGCGCUAGCGGAAGCAGAUCCUUUGAAGGACCUCCCAAAAGCGGACCCGGAGAAUCUUUACUGGCACCGGAAACUGGAUGCUUCAACAUCGAAUUUGACAAAGCUCGGAAUCGGCAGAGUAGCAACUACGGUCGUGGCUAGUGCUUUGCAACAACAUGUUGAGCACCUCGUUGCGCAGUCGACCUUUGCAACGCACCCAUACGCGCAGAAUGCUAUUAUGGAGGCGUGCAACGGAAUUCUCAACGACCGCUUCUUCAGCACCAGCGACCAGGUCGAGAACUGUAUCAAGCCUUAUAAGUUUGAGAUUGAGGUUGAAGACCCCGAAUGGGCCAAGGGACGCGAGAGUGUCGGCAAAGUGUUGAAAGAGGAGCUUACGGCGUGCGAGGGUGCACUGAAACGAGUAGAGGACCAGAUCGGCAAACGAAAGCUCAAGGAUGUCAUGUCUUUUGUAGACCGAGUACGAAAAGGCGAUGUCGUCUUGGAUGGGAAUGGUGCGGGCGGUGCUGGUGGAUUUAGUGCAGCAUUACUCGAGAAAGGUACGUCGUCUUCUCACUUUGUCAACCUCGAUACUGACUCUUCAGGCCGAGAGGGUAUAUUCCUCCGCGACCGCGCCGACAUCAUCAAAAUGCGCAUGCUAGCUGUCCGCUCAAAGCAAUGCUCCUCCUUAAAAAACAAAUACUACUGCCCCGAAGUCUUUCUGGACGUCGUAGCCGACAAACUCACCUCAACGGCCGUUCUGUUCCUAAACGUUGAACUCCUCUCCGAGUUCUACUACAACUUCCCCCGCGAACUCGACCAACGACUUGGCCGCCACCUCUCCGACAGCGAAGUCGAACGCUUUGCGCGCGAAGACCCGCGUGUCCGUAAGCACUUGGACGUAAUUAAGAAGAAGGAAACCCUCGAACUCGCACUACAAAAGAUUGAGAGUUUGAGGCAAUUAGAAGGGAGGUCCCGGAAUGCCAGUCGAGAAUCAAUUCCCAAGGAAGCGAAUGGGAAGGAGCGGAGGGGGUGGUUAUUCUAA